AUACUUAAUUAAGAAAUAUUUUAAAGGAAAUUGUAUCUAAAUCGAACAGAGAUCGCCACUGACACUUUUCUUUACACAAGAAAAGUACAUCCAAAGGUAUUUCUGAGAGUUCUGUUUCCUCCUACUCUACACUAAAGGACAAAAAUACGCAGCGUAACAUCCCUAGCUACUAAUAUUAUAUCCUAUGCCAUUGAUGAAAGCGUCGUUUUUGCGUAACGCAAUAUAAUUCAAGUUACCGGGUGUAAUGCGUGCGAAAAGGACGAUAGAUACCUUUUCACCCCCGACAUUCCUCCCCCAAUUUUCCAUCAACCGCCGCUAGUUGGCGCCUGCGAGCCUUCCCUCGCACAUGUUUAAUGCCUUAUUUUUUGUUUGGAGCAUGUAAACAAACAGUUUUUGUGUAUAAAAAUUGUAGCCUAGACGCUUUUCUGGAGAAAUGUGUUUACAUUUGUGUAUUUACCUGGUGAAGAUACUGAAUGAUGUGUGUUCCUUUGAUAAGACUAAAUAGUAUAAGAUGCUGAAUCGGACGUUCAAAUAUAUAGUAAUAAGAGCUUAUCCAAACGAAAGUACAAAAAUUCUCAACGUUUACUUUAAAUCUCUCGUGAGAAAAUGCUUGUUUCUCUCAUAAAGCAUUGGUAUCUGGGGUAGUCUGGGGGUAAACAUGUGUGAUAAGGAGGAAGUAAGGAGCGAGGCGGGCCCAGAGGUCACUCCGAAGCGGCUCUGCUGGCCCAAACGCCCGCCGGCCCCUUUACCAGACACCAGGGGACUGUGUUGUGCAAAACUUUUAAGGAAAAGUGGAAAGGCGAAAAAGGUCCUACUAUUCCCUGAAGAAGGGUGGGCGAGGAGUGCCUCUUCAUCUUAUUGGACGCUGCAGCCCUGUUGGUGGCGCCGGUCUAGAUGCAAGGUCGUGGAAGUUGCUGGAACGAGAAGACACAGCACCCAAGCGAGAAUGGUGGUCAGCGGCGUGAACGCAGUCUACAUAGUUGGAACCUUCAAACAUCUUGGAACCGAUGCUGAUUUCAAGCUAUACCUAACAACCAACGUUACCCAGGCAGACUUCAACAUGGGCUACACAAUGACAGGCACCCUGGAGAGAGGCAGCCGCUCAACAAACACCUUCCAAAUGACGCAUUUCGCUGUCCUACGCCGGUGCGACCACGAAACACACCAUUUGAAAACCGCAUAACACGGCGUUGUUCCGUGAUAUACCAUAUUUUCUUAUGCCAUACUCCAAAGCUUACUUUUGAGCUUAAACUAAGCUGGUUCGGCGAUGAUAAGCUAGUAUAAUUUUUGUAUCAUA